UUGUGCGCAGAUCUCUGGGAUUUAGCGGUCAAAGAAAACACAGAAACCUGCUGGACUUCUUACAAACAGUUUACUCGAAAGCUGGAUAAGGCCCUUGCGAAAUACUAUGCAAGCGUUGAGAAUAAAAUAAUCGCUUCAAAGGUUCCCUCCAAACUCUAUAAUUAUAUAAAUUCACGAUUAAAAGCUAGGAACAAGUUACCUGCGCUGGUAGUUGAUGAGUCCCACCUCGCGAUCAGUGAUAAAGAUAAAGCUGAGCUAUUGGCCGAGAAGUUUCAACUAGCAUUUUCAAACCAUUGCGAACAAUCCAUGGGAGACCUCACGCCACUUUGUCCUGCCAUGGAACAAACAGUUUGGUUUCAUCGGGAGGAGAUAUAUGAAGUUCUUUCUGCUUGGCCCACCUCUCCUUCUAUUACCCCUGACUUCAUCCCUUUUAAGUUCAUCAAAAUGGUACUGAACCAUCUACUCUAUCCCCUUGAGCAUCUCUUCAAUUUGUCUUAUUUGAGGGCAGAGGUACCAGAACGUUGGAAGCACUCUUUAGUAACGCCGGCUUUUGACCGUGUUCCUAUUCCACUUCUUAUAAGUAAGUUGCGGUACGUUGGCCUGCACCCCAGAGCUAUAAAUUGGAUAAGUUGCUUUUUGCAAAACCGUACGUACCAAGUCCGCAUUGGCGAUGCGUUAUCCAAUAUUUUUUUUCGGCUAGCAGUGGUGUUCCGCAAGUGGCGUCUUAUCUUCCAUCUGUUGUUUCUAUAUACUGUUGUGACUACCCUAUAG